AGAGGGACCGUGCACAAGCUUCUGGAAGGCUCACCAGUUUGCGAACCCACCUCCACCUAUUCACCCACAGCAGGGGAUCGUCUGUCUAAACGCUAACCAUGGACAACCAUUCGUACAACUUCCCCUCAGACUGCACCCCGCUCACCAACUGCAAGUCUGCCCGUAAGCCGGCUGGAUCCACCGUGGUGAACAUGGGCAACGCUGGCAAGAAUCCUCCCCGGGACUAUCUAAUCUGGUCGCUGUGCAACACCUUGUACGUUAACUUCUGCUGCCUGGGUUUCAUGGCUCUCAUCUACUCCAUCAAGGCCAGGGACCAGAAGACUCAGGGCAACCUGCAGCUGGCCCAGGAGUGUUCAGACAAGGCCAAGUGGUACAACAUCCUGGCUGCUGGCUGGAACCUGCUGAUUCCACUGCUGGCCGUCGUCCUGCUGGUCCUCCUGCUGGUCCACCUGGGCACGUCCCAGGGCUCCUUCGACUUCUUCGGAGAGGACGGAUUCCAAAACUUCAUGAAACUGUUCAGCUGGUAGAUGGAGGCGAAGGGAGAGAUAUUAAAAAACAAAACAAUAAACAGAUCAGUCUUAAAGUCAACCAUUCACACGAGCCGGGAGAGGGUAUUUGAUUGGAUUCAGCAGAUGAGGGCUAACAUCAUAGCUUUUAGCCAGUCUAAGCCAAGUGAGAAAGGACAUCUAUAUGGAAAUUAAGACCUGUAUUGGUGAGACCGCUCAAUCGCCAGAAUAAAUGUUGGCAUUGUAAAUUUCUGCAAACCAUGGCCACGUUACUUUUGUACAUUACCGUAUAGUGGAUACAUUGAAACUAGUUAGGUUUAGGCACAAAAACCACUUGAUUAUUGUUAAGAAAAGAUCAUGUUUUUGCUUAAAAAACUUGGUACUAGUGGCACUAUCCCAACUGGAAACGCAGCAAUGUCUAGGUAAAAAACAAAUGUUUUGCGUGGCACAAUCCCUGGUGGAAACACUGUGAUGGACUGCUACAAAACACCCAAGCUAGGGGACUAAAAAGCCACUGGAAAAAGACGGUUUUGCUGUUGGUCUUGAACAGUGGUCUGCUCUUUCUCGCCUAAGUGACACCCUGCCACCAUCCCUUUCACCUCUAGAUGACAAAGUCAGCUAUAUACAUCACUUAACAAACGUUUAUAUGUGCAAAUGUAACAUAUCGAUGGUUUACAGAAACCUACAAUGCCAACAUUUUCUUCUGGCACCUGGGCUGAGUGAGAAAACAUCAGUUUGUGCAUUAUAAAAAUGGCCUAUUUGGGAUGCACUGGUACUAACACUGGUAUCGGAAAUUAGACCAAUAAAAAAACUAAAACAGGUCAUUCAACUAGUUUAACUGAGAGUUAAAAACAGUAGAUAGCACGUAAUACUUUUGGACCAGCAACCCUAAAACUAAUAAUAAAUAUUGUGAGUGCUGCAGGAUAUUAGUAUUGGUAUAUCCCAGAUUGCAAUAACAGUAUCAGAGGGAGUUUAGUGUAAACCUGCCAGUCUCCCAGACACAGUCGGUUAAAAUGUGAAGUUGAUCAAAGACUGAAAAGCCUGAACAAACAGUCAAAGGUUCAGUGUGUAGGCUUUAAAGGCAUCUAUUGGCAGGAAUGGUUUAUAAUAUUCCUAACUAUGUUUCUUUAGUGUAUAAUCACCUAAACUAAGAAUCAUUGUGUUUUUGUUACCUUUGAAUGAGCCGUUUAUAUCUACAUAUGGAAUCCUCUUCCAUAGAGUCCACCAUGUUUCUACAGGAGCCCAGAAUGGACAAACCAAACACUGGCUCUAAAUAAGGCCAUGUGUGUUUUUGCAUUUGUCCUCACCGCUAGAUGCUACUAAAUCCUACACACUGGACCUUUAAGAGAGGCUGAGAGAGUGAGCGAGCAGCUACUCUGCUACUCUGGGUCUUUUUCGUUGUUAUUUAUUGUAUUUAUGUUACAUGGAAAUUUUGAUGACAGCUGAAAUUAUCUCUCGUCAGGGUAGAAAGAGGACAGUGGAGGCAACAUCUAAAUGUUACGAUGAGGAGAGGCCACCUGACCAAAGGACAAUCAACAUUCACCUCCCAUUAUUUUUCUUCUUCUAGCAUUUUUUGUUACAACAUACAUCUGUUUUUAGUCAUUUGUGUAUUUAGAUGGUACUUUGUUGUGUUACGUAUUCUGACUUUAA